AAAUUAGAUUGUCUCAAUAGAACUAAUAUGACUUUUUCCUACCACAGGGACAUUGAUAUUGAGAAUAUAAAAUGCAAUUGUGUACAUGUCUAAGAAAAGCGCAUUCUUCUCAGUAUGUCUCUUUGUCAUUAGUGUACGAAUUAUAAUCAUCACUUAGACAGAAGUUUCAGAGAGAGAGAGACAUUCAGCCAUUCCCCACCAACCUUUCCUUCCCUACCAUUUUGCAAUUUCAAUGAUCCACUGUUUGUGUAUGUUAGAGUUUUAAUUAAAAAAGCAUGGCUCAUGACCAAUCUUCGGCCACUAAUCUGUUGCACUUGCCACUGAAUCUAUCAUUGGGUGAGCGCGACAAAGCUGCUGAGCUGAGCUCCUUGUGCGCUGCCGCAACCCCACAAGAUCUUGGAGACUCCGGGCGAAGCGAAUUAGAGUUUCAACCGCCUCAUAAUUGCACAGCCACGAGCGAUUGGCGCCAAAUUCCAUCGCAGCCGAAAAUCCCAUUGGAGAAAUUGGAAUUGAUUCGCAAUCAGGGUUGGAAGUCGACGCCAGGGAAGCACGUGCUGAGAGACCAGACGACAACAGCGUCCGGGCAUUCCUCUCUCGCUUUCUCGCCAGCUGCCCGUGCAAAACUGCAAAUGCGCGCCAAUUCUCAGGCAUUUCCUAGCCUCUGUCGCUGCCAAUUAAAUGUAUGUGGUUGUGAAAUUUAAUUCAUCAAUUGCCGUGGGCUUGUUUGUGAGGUAGAAAUGU